UUGAAGUACUCUGCCGAGGUUCAGACGGAACCUUUCAGGAUAUGUGACGUCAUUGAUACAAACGAGAGGGAAUCUCGAGGGCAUUGCUGUUGUAAAACUCAGGAUAUUAAGAAUUCAAAGGAAGAAAAAAAGACAUGUUAUUGUUCAGACUCCAGUACGAGUUAUAUGUCCAUAGAUUCCUCGAGUAAAUCAAAACAUAAGUUGCGUAAAAAGAAAAAGAGGAAAACAAAAAAAUCCAAAACUAAAACGGACUGUGAGUGUGAUGAGAAAACUAAGUCCGAUAAAUCUGUAACGACGUACGCUGAUUGCGCGUGUGGUAGUGCUGUGAAGGACGGAACGCACACACAGACAAAUAAAAAGAAUAAAUCUACACGAAAAGACACAAAAACUGACUCAUGGAUUCCACUCGAUACUUGUAAAUGUGGUUCAUCACUAAGAAUAUGUGAAUCAGAUUAUAGUUACUAUGAUAAAUGCUCCUGUGACAGCACAACAGAUGUCGACGGUAAAUAA